CCACCAAUCCAUUCCUAUUUUUUUCUCUUAUUUCCUCAUCUCUCUCUCUCUCUCUCUCUCUCUCUCUCUCUCUCUCCCUCCCUCUCUCUCUCUCUCUCCCUCUCCCUCUCCUCCAUUGUCUCUUCACUUUCAGAGCUUUUGGUCUCACAUCGUUCUGCAUUCCUCAUCCUUCCACUCUUUUGCACCACCAAUCGGACACACAAAGAGACGAUCUUCUACUCUUGCGACAAUGACAUGACACUGGCAUUUGCUACGACUCCGGCGACGUGGUGCGAAUCCAUCUAUGCAUUGGUCUUCUCAAAUUUGUAUGAGGACUCGUUGAAGGCCGGCUACGGCACAGGAGAACAUGGUGAUGGCAGACUGAGACUUGUUUGAGAGCGACGACUGAUUAUGCGGCAUAGGACAUAGUGGCAGUCCGACAUCAAUUCUGGUGCAGUAGUAUGAAGUAGAUGCACUGCAUCUGUAGAUGCACCGCAUCUGUAUAAAUUUUUAUUAUUGUAUUUUGUCUUAUACAAAUUAUUAGUUAAGAAAUAAAUUAGGCUUUCAUUAAGGGUACUUUUUUCUACUUAGUUACUUUUAC